GAGUGGUCUUCUACUGUUGAUGAAGGAACAGGAGCUCUUGUUUCCGAGACGAGGAGUAAAGCAAGACGAGGAGUAGGACCACUUGCAGCGGCUAGAAGAGCAGAAGAUCAUUCGUCUAGGAAACCACCGGCAGCAGUGAUAUCUUCAGCUAGCGGCAGCGCAAGUUCAGAGGUGGAGGAAGAGCGCGCAUCAGAUGGUGCCGAUAUUCGUAUGCACACUAGCGAAGAUUCGAUUAUACCCCCGAAAGUUGAAGACGACGCGGAUGGGGAAAGCCAAGAAGGAAGCAGUAUUCUAACCUCUUGUACAGCGAGCAAUGACGAGGGGGGAACGCCAUCGACAUCGUCUGAAUCGAGAGGGGCGACAUCCACGACGUCAGGCGCGGAAAUAGUCAGUUUUAGUGUCGAAGACAUUGAAGGGGUUGACGUGUGGGAGCUGACGCGAGAUUCACCUGUCUUUUCACCGGUAGACGGACUCUGUAUUGGCGUUUUAGGUAGAAAAAGCCGAGUUAGCAUUCUUUCGUCGCGAGCUCACGGUGCCCUUGACGCAGCAGUCCCGGAUCGAGAAGAGAAGGUGAAAAUUCGUGUACUAACGGCUUUGCAGCCGGUGCAGGAGGGCAGUCUGUUAUCAUCUCCAAAAAGUUCAGCGACGGCAGAGUGUCUUAACUGGAGUCGUGAUCCCCAGUCGACCGUCCGCGGUCGCGAGCAAGUCGGCAUACCAGCAUCCCGUAGCAGCAAGACUCCACUACUAGAAGGAGGGGGAGGCACACUCAGCCCAGCGGCUACGCCUUUCGUACCCCAAAGCACUCGAGGCUCAUACCAUCCGCAUACAGUUUCACGACAUCAGAGCGCGAUAGACAACACGAACACAAGUAGUUACAUCUCUUCUAUGCAACUGCAUCUGCAAGGGCACACACCAAUAC